AUGUUUCGACGGAUAGGAAGGUUGGUAUGCAUCUGGAUGCUUUGCCUUCAAAUUGGCGGAGCAAUUAAAGAGAUUAUCGUUCAGGAGCCGUUUUAUCUUCGCGCUCGUAUUCAGGAUUCUCGAACGGCCAGUGUUCUCUUCGAAAUAGCCAGAGAAAAUGAUCAACGGACGUGUCAAAUGUAUAAAUAUACGGUCCGUCGUAAUCGAGAAUAUCCUCAUUCAAUGCCGGAACAAAACUUGACAUUUUGGAGAAAUUCGUUGGAAUUAAAACACCUGGAUGCUGGUGAUUAUCGUGUAUGUGCAAUAAUUUGCUCCGAACAUUUACAUCAGAAUAAUACGCUUCUUGUUCAGCAGCAUAAAAAUCGUUCAUUACCGAUAUCUGCUUGUAUAAAUUUUCGUGCUUAUCGUUCUCAUUUUCUCAUCUUAACACUUUAUAUUCUUGUAUUUAUCAUAUUGGCCUUUUCACAAAUUAUAUUUUCUUUGCGCAAACGGAAGUUCAAAGCACGAAUCAAAUCUGCUUUAGUCGAAGUCGAAAAUGCACUACAAAAAUGGCGCAAUGCUCAAACACCAUCGACAUCAGUCGAUCAUAACCAAUCCUACACCAUUCUUCAAAGUCUUGUUACACUACCAGCAUCGCCCAUUGACCAUUCGAAAUCGCUUCCAGUUACAGUAACUACAAGCGAUGAACCACGACCAUCGCAUCCGAUUAUUUUUCAUAUUGAAAAUGCGAACUUAGACAUCCCUUAG